AAGUUUUUCUGUGUGCCUCCAGCUUUACCUCGUGUGUGCAUUAGAAAAAUAAAAGGUCAACUCACGUAAAAUUCAGUAGAAAGUUUUGAAAUAAUAAUUAAAGGUCAAUUAUACCAACUUCUUAAUAAAUAGUAAAAAGUUAACAGGAUAUUUUAAUCAAAAAUUCAAAGUACUAAAUUUUUUACGCUACAACUACUUUCAAGAUGCCAACAAUUGGGAUAAAACGUGAUUUAUUAUUCCAAGCAUUGGGCAGAACAUAUUCGGAUAAUGAGUUUGAAGAUCUAUGUUUCCAGUUUGGCUUAGAAUUGGAUGAAGUGACAACAGAGAAACAGAUGAUAGCAAAAGAACAAGGUUGUGAGCAAGAUAUAGAUCCAUCAGAAGAGAUUAUUUACAAGAUUGAUAUUCCUGCUAACAGAUAUGAUCUCUUAUGCUUGGAAAGUUUGAGUAUUGGAUUACUUAUAUUUUUAAACAAGAUAUCUUUGCCUUAUUACAAGGCAAUAAAACCAAAAAAAGAAUUAGAAGAAAUAGUAAUGAGUGCAGAAUGCUUAAAAAUAAGAAGCCACAUAGUUGCUGCAGUGUUGCGUGAUAUUACUUUAACACAAGAUUCUUAUAAUAGCUUCAUUGAUCUACAAGAUAAGCUUCAUCAAAAUAUAGGAAGGAAGCGUAGUUUAGUUUCUAUCGGUACUCAUGAUUUAGAUACAAUUAAGGGCCCAUUUUUGUAUGAUGCUAAACCACCAUCAGAAAUAUGUUUUAAACCACUAAAUCAACAUAAAGAAUAUACUGGAGAAGAAAUCAUGCAAUUAUAUGCAACACAUAACCAACUCAAACAAUAUUUGCCCAUUAUAAAAGACAGUCCUGUUUAUCCAGUGGUGUAUGAUAGCAAUGGAAUUGUUUUAUCUCUCCCUCCUAUCAUCAAUGGAGAUCAUUCAAAAAUUACACUCAACACAAAAAACAUCUUUAUUGAAUGCACCGCUACUGAUCUCACUAAGGCAAGAGUAGUGCUGGACACCAUAGUCUGUGCUUUCAGUCAGUAUUGCAGCACAAAACAUACAGCUGAAACUGUGAAAGUAAUAUAUCCCAAUAAACAAACCUUCUAUUAUCCAGACUUGAAAUAUCGCACGGAAGAAAUCGAGUGUAGUAAAGCAACCAAUUAUAUUGGCAUUAAACAGACACCAGAACAGGUUGCAACAUUAUUGUCGAGGAUGUCUUUGAAAUCUACUGUGAAAGAUGAUGAUAAAUUGGAAGUGCAGAUACCACCCACGAGACACGAUGUAAUACAUUGGUGUGAUAUUUAUGAAGACAUUGCCAUAGCCUAUGGAUACAACGAGAUAAAAAAAACCAUACCGUACAUGUCGACGAUCGCUGCGGAGGUUCCACUCAACAAACUCACUGAUCAUAUACGUAUAGAACUAGCACAAGCUGGAUUCACAGAAGCGCUAACUUUUUCUCUGUGUUCGCGUGACGAUCUGGCUGAUAAGUUGGGUCAUAAAAUAGAAAAUAUACCAGCGGUACACGUAUCCAACCCAAAAACAUUGGAGUUCCAGGUUGUACGUACUUCUCUUUUACCGGGAUUACUUAAAACGAUAGCCUCGAAUAAGAAAAUGCCCCUGCCUCAUAAACUGUUUGAAGUUUCCGACGUGGUGCUGCGAGAUGACACAACGGAAGUUGGCGCGUAUAACACUCGUCGUUUAUGCGCAGUAUACGCUAACAAAUCAGCCGGUUUUGAAAUAAUUCAUGGGUUAGUCGAUAGAGUGUUAACAUUACUAGAAAUACCAUGGAGUGCUAAUAAAGAUGAAAAUGGAUAUUAUCUGCGCGCAGCUAAUGAUCCAACAUACUUUCCUCAACGAUGUGCAGAAAUUAUUUGUUGUGGUGAAGUAAUAGGAAAACUGGGUGUUUUACAUCCCGAUGUGCUUUCGAAGUUUGAACUAAAUAUUCCAUGUUCUUCAAUGGAAAUAAAUAUUGAAAAAUUUCUUUAGUCGAAAUGGAAAUACUAUGCAAAUAAUCAUUAUAUUGAGAUAAAAAUUUAAA